AUGGAGGGCAGGUGGAAAGGCAUCUCGACCGUGCUGGUCAUUCUGGCUGGGCUGGCAGCUUCUGGAUCCAGCUAUCAAAUCAUAGAAGGUCCCAAGAACGCAACGGUGCUGGAGGGCUCGGAGGCUCGCUUCAACUGCACGGUCUCACAGGGCUGGAGGCUCAUCAUGUGGGCUCUGAAUGGCACGGUGGUUCUGAGCAUCACGCCCUCAAAGCCCAUCAUCACCAACGACCGCUUUACCUCUGCGAGCUACGAAGAGGGCGGCAACUCCAUCUCGGAGAUGAUAAUCCAUGAUGUGCAGCUCCGUGACGCGGGGCACAUCAAGUGCAGCCUCCAGAACAGUGACCGUGAUGCAUCCGCUUUCCUUUCAGUGCAAGUUAUGGGGGCGUUGCUCAUUCCCGGAGGCAACCUUGUAGUCGCGGAGGAUGAACCUUGUAAUGUGAGUUGCCAUGCAUGGGGCUGGAUCCCGCCCCCAGGUAUUUCCUGGGAUAUCGGCGUUCCCGUGAGCCACUCGAGCUAUCAUUCUGUUCCGGAGCCCAACAAUCCCCAAAGUGCAGUGAGCGUCCUGACUCUCACACCACAGGGCAACGGGACUUUGACUUGUGUGGCUACCAUGAAAGGGCUGCAUGCCCACAAGUCUGUAACUGUGAAUCUUACUGUGGUUCAGCCUCCUUUGGGCAGUAUUGAUAAAGCAGGUACAUCAUUGCCUACCUGGGCCAUAAUUCUGCUUGCAGUAUCAUUUUCAUUGCUUUUGAUCCUGAUCAUUGUUCUGAUUAUAAUAAUCUGCUGCUGUUGUGUCUCCGGGAGAGAGAGAAAAGAAUCUAGUUAUCAAAGUGAAAUAAGGAAAUCUGCAAGUGUGAAGACAAACAAAGAAACUUUUGAGACAAACUUAGAAAGUGGCAGUGAAAACCUGGGCUACCAUUCAGAUGAGCCACGGACGGCAAAACUUGCUUCUUUUGCUCCAGUGUCCUCUGAAUCCAGUGUUCAGGAACAACACAGCAGUAGGCAACCUUAUCAGGGACCUGACCGCCGGUGGCGGGGUCCAGCAGGUCGCCCGCAGGUUUCCUUUCCCGUGGCCAGUCCUAGGACCGUGAGGAAUGUAACUUUGGUCUAG